UCUUCAUAUAUAUAUAGAGAGACAUUUUCAGUUUAUUUUCUUUGAUUAUCAUUAUUUUUAAUAUCUUUAGUUAUAUUUUAGAGGGGUAGAAAAGAGAAAUGGAAUCGGAGGACGAGAUGGCGGCGACGAUGAUGGAAGAUUCUGAGGAUGAAGAAUUCUAUGGUGGCGGCGGCGGAGAUGGUAACGAUGAUUCCGACCCGGAUGACGUCGUUAUGGACUACGAUGGGUUCAUGGACCACGACUCAGACGAUUCUGAUGAUCUCUCCUCCUCUCACUCCCGCAGCUAUCAUCAUCGAUCACAGAACUAUACCAUUUUAAGUGAAGAUGAUAUUCGGCAACACCAAGAGGAAAAUAUCACGAAGAUAUCUGCAGUCCUCUCAAUUUCAAGGGUUGCUGCUGCCAUUUUGCUCCGCCACUAUAACUGGAGUGUUAGUAAAGUGAAUGAUGAAUGGUUUGCAGAUGAAGAGAAGGUCCGCAAGACUGUCGGUUUAUUGGAGAAUCACAUUCCAGUUCCUGAUGCUAAAGAGCUAACUUGUGGAAUUUGCUUUGAAACAUAUCCUCUGGAUAGGAUGUGUGCUGCUGCCUGUGGUCACCCAUUUUGUGUUAUUUGUUGGCAAGGAUAUAUUAGCACAGCCGUUAAUGAUGGACCUGGAUGUUUGAUGUUGCGUUGCCCUGAUCCAUCCUGUGGCGCAGCUGUUGGCCAGGAUAUGGUGAAUAGAUUGGCUUCGAAAGAUGAUAAAGAGAAAUAUAAUCGCUACUUCUUGAGAUCAUUUAUAGAAGAUAAUAGGAAGACAAAAUGGUGUCCAGCACCAGGCUGUGAUUACGCUGUGGAUUUUAUCGUUGGCAGUGGAAAUUAUGAUGUCACCUGCCGUUGUGCCCACAGUUUUUGCUGGAAUUGUGUUGAAGAAGCCCAUCGCCCAGUUGAUUGUGGAACUGUGUCCAAGUGGAUAAUGAAGAACAGCGCGGAGUCUGAAAAUAUGAAUUGGAUAUUGGCUAAUUCCAAACCUUGUCCAAAGUGCAAGCGGCCAAUUGAGAAGAAUCAAGGUUGCAUGCAUAUCACUUGCACACCACCAUGUAAAUUUGAAUUUUGCUGGCUGUGCCUUGGUGCAUGGUCAGAACAUGGUGAAAGAACCGGUGGAUUCUAUGCAUGCAACCGUUAUGAAGCUGCCAAGCAAGAAGGAGUGUUUGAUGAAGCUGAAAAACGAAGAGAGAUGGCUAAAAAUUCUUUGGAAAGAUAUACACAUUACUAUGAAAGAUGGGCUACAAACCAGUCGUCUAGGCAACGAGCAAUUGAGAAUCUUCAUCAAAUGCAAACAGUACAUCUAGAAAAGCUGAGUGAUAAACAAUGCCAGCCUGAGUCUCAGCUUAAGUUCAUUGUUGAAGCGUGGCUACAGAUUGUUGAAUGUAGACGGGUUCUGAAAUGGACAUAUGCAUAUGGAUUUUAUCUACCUGAGCAUGAACAUGCUAAAAAACAGUUCUUUGAGUAUUUACAAGGGGAGGCGGAGUCUGGGUUGGAACGGCUUCAUCAAUGUGCAGAAAAGGAAUUCCAGGUUUACCUCAAUGCUGAAGGGCCUUCGAAAGAGUUCAAUGAAUUCAGAACAAAGUUAGCAGGAUUGACUAGUGUGACUAAGAAUUACUUUGAGAACCUUGUACGGGCUUUAGAAAAUGGUCUAUCAGAUGUAGACUCUCAUGCAUGUGGCAAGGCAGGUAGCUCAAAAAAUCUAGGAGGCGGCAGUGGCCGAGGAAGAGGUGGUAAGGGCAAGGGAACUACGUCCAGAUCAAGCAGCUCGCGCAACAUAGAUGAUUCAGGUCACUGGUCCUGUGAAUACUGCACCUAUGCCAAUGUUAGAUCGGCCACUGUUUGCGAGAUGUGCCAGCAGCGGAGGUGAGCCUCUUCUGCUGCUUGGACUGAGAUAAUGGAGUCAGGCAUCUUGGGCCCCUGUGGUGACUCAAACCUUCCGCAUGUCAGAAGAACUUCUCAGUUGGUGUUGGUGGAAGUCUUGACAAAUGAAGGUGUAACGUGAAAACAGGUGUGCGGACGAAACAGCAGUCAGUCCCAUCUCCAGGAAAUGAUUUGUACAAAGUCUAUGUUGCCAUUGUCUACACACAUUCAGUUAUGUACGUGCAUGAAAUUCCCACAAAUAAUUUCAUGUUGUAUAUUAUUCAGCUAUCUGUUGUUAGGUGGAGGGGAUAAUCACGACUUAAGUGGGCAUCUUAGGCCAGUUAAUUGUUGUUGACAGUGACUGAUUUCAACGCAUGUUUUCCUGUAAACUAGGAGGAUACAUGUAACUUCUGCUAUGUACUGGUUAGCCAUUUCACCUUGCCUACAAUGUUACGAAGCCUCCAACCUGCCAAACUAUAGAAAACUAGAAAUUGUUAAAGUUAAUUUUCAUUUUUUUUCCUA